GAGCGAAGUGCGCCUGAGAAGCAGAGCAAGCCCCGGGCAGGGCGCAGCGCUGAGAAGCCCGAAGGCAGGCCCUGGUGGCCGCCUCCCAGCUGAAUAAACAGCGGCAUCCCCUUGCGGGAGGGAGGCCACUGCUGAGAGCUGCUCCCCGCCCCUUCUCGGCAGCACGAAGCGCCCAAGGCCUCUGCAGUUUCAGGAACUGGGAAGCUGAAUGCAGGCGGGGCAAAAGGGUCUCGCGUUUGCCAUGACGCUGGGUAGGCUGAGUGUCCCGGACCACCAAGCUAUCCCUAGCCCUUUCCUUCUCCGAGGCUGCGGCCUACAGCUGCCGCGCUCCUGCUUCCUCCUCCCAGGGAGGCCCAAGCUGACUCCUCCCAGGAGCGGCGCAGGAGUUGGCUGCGGCGCGGAGGGAGGAGGAGGAGCUGGCGGCGGCCGCACCGGGAAAGUGACGAGCUCAGCAUGGCGACGGCGGCGCUGCUCUUCUCUCCUUGGCCGCGCUUCUGCGGGGCGUCUGCCGCCCUGCUCCCGCCUGCCCUGGCCGGGCCGCGGAGAAACUACAGCCAGGACGGCUCCGUCUCCCAGUAUUUGCACCGCAGCCUGGUGCCCACCAUGCAUUAUCAGAAGAGCCUUCCCCGGUAAGGUGGCGCUUCCGCGGCGGGAGGAGGAGGAGAGGGCUGGGCUUGGCCUGAGGCGCCCCCGCUGCCGGCCAGGUUUCUUGGCAAGGGCGCCUCUAGAGCAAGUUUGGUUCCUGGCUCCGCCUCCUUCCUUCUGAGCAGGGCGGUGCUUCUCGGUGCUCAGCCUUGCCAAGAUGGGAAGCGGAGCGCGGGUCUCUGGAGCAUGUGCAGGGGGCAGAGUGGCUAGAGCCUGGGAGAGGCCAGAGUUCAAAUGACCGCCCGCCACCGCCACCCUCGGCCGCGAAGCUCGAUGGGGGACCUUGAGCUAGUCACUCUCAGUCUAACCUCCUUCCCUCACAGGGUUGUUGUGAAAAUAAAAUGGAGAGGAGGAGGAGGAUGACAACCAUGUGCACCGCCUUGAGCUCCUUGGAGGAAAAAUGGGAUAUAAAUAUAAUAAAUCAAUACAUGCAGGGCUUUACAGGGAGACUGGAGGCAAGGCACGUUGUAAUUAAGCUGGGCGUUGAAGCAUUUCUAAUUAGAUGUUGCCAAAUCCAGGACACAAGAGACCUUUAUUAAGAACCCCAUUAGGUGAAAAAGAGAAUGCUGUAGGAUCCCAGUUCUCCAUCACGGUGAAGUGCUGCAUUUUUUACAAUCUCCCUUCAAUGCGAGUCUUAAAAGGUACAGGUGUGCUUUCACAUCUGGACCUUUCAGCUGUAGCCCAAAGAAUAGUUUGCCUACCCUCUGAGUGGAUGUCACAAGCAGAUCAGCGAGGGGGACAUUACCUACUGGAUGUUGCUGACUGAGGCUGAUGGGAAUUGGAGUCCAAUAGCAUCUAGAGGGCACAGGUAUCCCACAGGUUUUUUUAAUAACUCAGACAGCCACCCACUGGAGGACUUCCUCUUUGCCUGAAAACUCCAGGUGUCUCUCCCCCUGCCCCCAUAGCGCACCUAAACAAGAUUGUGCCCUUUUUACUCAGUGUUCAAUCAGUCAGGAAGCACUAUCACCCCUGGGUUACAUUCAUUAACUUGACAUAGAUAAGAUCCCAUGGAUUGACUCACAAAAUUACAUUGCAUGGAUAGAAAUGGUACAGUGUUUCAGUGAGUACAGCAGCAAAAGGAUUUGCUAUGUUAAUGUGAUCUGGAGAGGUUCCUUAUGUUAGUUCCUACCCCUUUCAAAAGCAAAUUAGUUCUGGAAGAGGGCACAGUUCCAUUGCCAGAGAGAAAGAGGAGAAGCAUAUGUAAUACAACUGGUAAUGCAAAGCCUUCUGCCUUCAUUUAGGCUGAGAUAAAGGUACAGUAUGUAGGUGAAAGGUCAGUGCUAAAAGCAGGGCGUGAUUUUCAUGAUUGCCAUCUAUAUUUAAAUUUACACUAAUAUAUUAGUUCCCUCAUGCUUUUUUGCCUACUUUAUGAGUACCAGGCGAAAACAUAUGGAAAAGUUUGGAGACAAUGAAACUGUUUCAGCUUGUUUGCUUUGUGUAUUGUUUGCUGUGAUAUACUUUUAAAUAAACAUAUUUAGGAUCAAACUGUAAAGAUAAUAGUUAUAUUCUUAGUGUGCCUAAGUACCAGAGAAAUUCAGUGGAAUCUACAUUUCUUUGGAUUGUGACUAAUAUGUUUUAGAAGUAUAUUUGUCAUAUAUCAGUUCCUUAAAAGCAGGUAAACUUCCAAGGUACAAAAAUUGGUAAAAGAUCUGGUGAUUUGGUGCCCCUUAAAUAUUAACAUAAAAGUAGAACCUGCAGCAAAAUAUUGCUCAUGUUCAGAGUUCAGCUUUUCCAGGAUAGUCCAUUCCAUCUCCUCCCUGUCAGUAUUCUGUGCCCACUGAGAAUGGUCAAGUUUUUUGUGGCUGUUUUUUGAGCUGUAGAUUCAGGUAGGUAGCCAUGUUGAUCUGACACAAUUGAAAUAAAAAUAAUAAAAAAAUUAAAAAUUGUCCAGUAGCACCUUAUAGACCAAGUUUGUUCUGGUAUAAGCUUUCAUGUGCAUGCACACUUCUUUUGAGCUGUUGUUUUUGAUUCCUCCCGUUUAGGUUUUUCCUGCCAAAUGUUUUUUUCGGGGGAGGGGACUUUAGCAAUCCUUGGGUUUCCCCAAGGCUUUGUUGAAGGUAUUUUAUUGGUUUGGCUACGUGAAUAUUGGCACUUGAAAAACAAGUUUGCUAUUUGUAUAUACUAGGAUACUGUAUAUUGUACCAUAAACUUUAAUACAAAGUAAUGAACAUUCUCUGUAACUUUCAGAACCUUCUUUAUUUACUCUUCUAACUUCAGAGCAGCUAAUUGGGAUUUCAAUUAUAGCUAUGGGAGCUGUCAUCCAAAAUGUCUGGAAGAUACCAGGCAAAGCCUGAUCUAAACAGAAAUGGGGUCAGUGUACAAAAGGUUAAUGUGUAGUUAGUAAGGGAUUAUUUUAGACUGAGGUCCUUUCAUACCUGCAAUUGACUUAUAAUAAAUUGCUAGGGAAAGACUAGUUAUUACCCAGAACAAUAUUAUUCUUGCCUUUUCCUUUGGAAUGUUUAACAUGGUGUGGCCUUAUAUGGUUUUGCUUCUCUUCUCCUGCCUUAUUAGUUUGCCUAUUCCAAAACUUGAAGACACAAUCAGAAGAUACCUAAAUGCUCAAAAGCCUCUUUUAGAUGAUGCCCAAUUCAGGUAAGAAAAAAGAAGACAUCAAAGACAGUAUAUAUAUCAACAGUAGCAAUGUUGAAGGAUUAUGCACCUCUGUAGGGAGGGAGUUACACAGUUUGGAGGCCACCACAGAAAGGACCUUGUCUCUCAGGCCCACCAGUACCAUCAGCCUGGCAGGUGGGCAUAUGAGCAGAGCUUCUGAGGCAAAUCUCAAUACAGUCGUAUUGGAUCCUGAACACCUUGCAAGUCAAACGUUUUGGCUCCCAAAUGCCACAAACCCAUAAGUGAGUGUUCUGGUUUGCGAACGUUCUUUGGAACCCGAACAUCUGACGCAGUUUCUGAUUGGCUGCAGGAGCUUCCUGCAGCCAAUCAGAAUCCGUGCCUUGGUUUCCAAAAGUUUUGGAAGUCGAACGGACUCCUAGACUGUAUUCUAGGAGACUUGUAUUGUGUUCCUGGUCUUUUAGAGGACAUGGGCUCAAGCCACUGGUGGUUUAAAGGUCAAAAUCAACACUUUGAAUUGGAUUCAGAAACACAACCUGCAACCAGUACAACUGGUACAGAAUAGGAGUUGCAUUCUGUGAUUACUGUGCACCAUCUAGCAACCAAGCAGCAGCAUUCUGCACCAGUUGAAGUUUCUCAACUUAGAGGCAGCAGUCAGCCCACAGUUGUCUGUCCUAGAUGUGAAUAGUGUGUCGAUUACUGAGGCAAGGUCUGAUCUCUCUAGGUAAGGCAAUAGCUUGCAUCCUAGCCUCAGCAGGAAAAAGGUGCUCCUAACCACAGAUGUAACCUGUGCUUCCACAGACAGUCCCAAGUCCAGGAGAACCGCCAAACAACAAAUGUAGUCGUUCAGGAGAGUUCGAUCCUAUCUCUUUAGCCAGAUAAUUUGGCUUCCCCACCCAGCACAGGUGUCUUGCCUAGAUACAGUUUUAGCUAAUUGCCCUCAUCCAGUGAAAACUGUUUCCAGGUACCUGUUAAGGUUUCACAGGCUCCUUGGGAUUAACAGCUGAAAGAGAGAGGUAGAGCUAGCUGUCAUCCACGUAUUGGUGACACUCAACCUCUGGGUGAGUUCUCCCAGCACUUUCAUAUAGGUGUAAACCAGAAUAGAACCUUGAUGCCAAAGGCCAAGGGGCACAACUUUCUGGAACUGAUCCUCCAUGAGAGACUGGCACCAACACAAUAGUGUGCCCCCCGUGCUAACCCAGCAAGAUGGCCCAGAAGGAUACCAUGACUGAUAGUAGCGAGUGCAACAGAGAGAUUCAAGGGGAUCAAUAGAAUUGCACUCCCCUUGUCCAGUUCAUCAUACAUCACCCAGCAGGAAAACCAAGGCUGAUUCUGUCCUGAAUCUGGGCUGAAAACUGGACUGACGUGGUUUUUUAAAAAAAAUCAGUAUUCUCCCAAGAUUGCCUGGCUGCUCCCUGAGUGGCAGGUGUGAGCCUAGAACAUCAAACCCUCCAUGAAAUAUUAACCAUUUCUGAAAUGCAAGUCUUCAAACUGUAGACUUCAGUUUACUUAUAUCACACCAGGUUGCCUGAGCUGACAGGUAUCUAUGAUAACAUAGUAGCACAGUGCACCAGUCCAAACUAGUUCUUGUAUCCUUACACAUUCAGCAUAGUGAUUACAGAACCUUCUUCCAGUAUAGAUCCAGAAUGGAUCAACUUCAGCCUUUGAAUUAACAGCAGCCUUUCCUCAUUCUUAGCCAGGAGCAUUUGCAACAUCAAGGGUGGGGAAGGGAGGCAUCAUACCAGUCCAGCCACACGGGAUGCUUUUCCUCUUGACUCUCAGAAAGGCAUCACAAUUUUACUUAAUUUCUCUCUCUCUCACUCUCUCUUUUUAAAGGAAAACAGAACAACUCGCUGUCAAUUUUAGGGAUGGAAUUGGUAGAGAAUUACAUGAGCAGUUGGUUGCACAAGACAAGCAAAAUAAGCACACUAGUUAUAUUUCAGGUAAGGAAGUAAUUGUGAAACCUGCUUUGCAUUCUUGCUAUCUGUUCCUAAAACUGCUUGCUUGAGAACAGACUAGAAUUUGGCAUGUUAGAGGGCACACUCUGAUCAUUAACUCUUGCUGCAGCUUGCUUACUUGCAUGAAUCUUUUGAAUGCUCAACAUUUGAUUCUCUGUGGCAUGUCUAAAUUGAUGUCAUUAAAGUUCAUUCACACCUGCAAGUCACCCGGAUGCUUUAGCCAGCAAAGUGAUAAACAGGCAUGUUUAUCAUUAACCUUAGUUAUCAUUAACCUUAGUUUCAGGUUAAUGAAGCUGGAUACUCUCUGAUUUGAAAUGCUCUUUUCGAAUGUUACAAUCAGUACUCCAAAACAACUGACUUAUCUUUUUCCCUGAAAUAGCAAGAUGUCAUGGAAACAUCUUCACUUGGCAAGUAAUGUUGACCCAGACAUAUUCUUUAAAGUACAGACAACCAGAAUCAAAGUAUCAACAACAUAAAGAGUGCAUGGUCCCCUGAUCACAGCACCAUUCAUUACUUUAGGCACGUUUGGUUCUGAAGACUUCAUUCUGCAGUGUCUUGCUUCUUGGUUUACAAAGUCUAAUAUGGACUUCUAAUCCCAUAAGAAUAUGAUGUCUUGGACUGAAAGGUCAUUUUAUGCAGAGAGAGGGAGAAGUGGUUGCAUAGGCAGAUUCCUGGAGCUGUGUUGAUGGCUCCAGCGUUGGAACUUGAGGUCAUGGCUAACUGCUAGGUCACUGUGCAUGCUGAGGGCCUCAGGUUUAAUCCCUGGCAUCUCUAGUUAAAGGAUUUCAGGUAGUACAUAGGCACCACCUCUGCCUGUGACGUUGGAGAGAUGCUGCUAAUUGGAACAGACAGUAGUGAACUAGAUGGGUCAGUGGUCUGACUUGGUAUAAGACAACCUCUUGUAUCGCAUCUCUUGCCUUGGAAAGUGGUGAUGAAGGAAAUGGGAAGGAAAGCUACCACUACAAUAAAAUAUCCUAAGUUGUAUCCAAUGUAGUACUAAGUGAAUGCUCCAUCAGUGCAAGGAUCUCUGCUUGUGCAAUGGAACAGUCUUCCCCUUUGUGCCCCUUAAAUUUGUUCUAGGGGUUCCCCCACCCUCUGGAGCAGAUUUGGUGAGGGCGCAGUGUGGGUGGAUGGGAUAAAUUAGCUGAAUGCCCCCUGUGUAAUUCUUGAACAGAAAGCACAAUGAAGGGGAAUAGUUGCUGCAGUGAUCCAAUGAAUGACUCAAACCACAUGUAAAUCUAUUUCAGGAUGUCGAAGCAAGUCCCAUCUUUGGAGAAUCCAGCUUAGUCCAUACUAUAAGAUUGCUUGCCUUUGAGAAGGCAGGCAGGAUGACAGAGAGAGAACAGCAUUUCUUUUAUCAAAGAACAAGAAAGAUGAAAGAUGCAGACAGCAAGACCAGAGAAUAAAGAAAAGGAGAAAUUUAAUAGGACAGAAGUGAUUGAAAGAGACAUAGACAGAGGAAAGCAAGCAAGAGAAUGUCUAGUGUUUAGGUUAGUGAUUUUUAUUAAUUUAGCCCCCUAAGGCGUGUUGUUGUUGUAGCUUAUAAGGAGAUCGAUGGAGAGCAGAAGUGUUUAUGUACAGAGCAAACCUGGUAUCUGUAAAUUCCACCAUAUUCUCCACUAUUGUAAUUCCUCAUCAAAUUAGCUCACUGACUACUGCGUGGUAGCAAUGCCUGACACCCAAGAUACUCAGCACCGCACAUAAAUGAAUGUGAAACUAGUGAGUGUGAACUGUAAUACUUUCUUUUCCUUUUUUGAUACUCAAGAACGUUAAAAUGAUGUUGAAGGUGAGCCAAAGGGUGAUGUCCAUGCUAUAGCCAUGGAUUUAAAGGUUCUUCUUCUUCUUCUUUGGCGAUCACUCGUAGCUGAGUAAGAUUGUCUUCCAUUUUAACAAUGAAUCCGUAAGUGACUGUGGAGGCCAAUUCUGGACCCACACGUCCUUCCACAGUGGGGACAUUGGUUCCCGGGCAGGAGUUGAAAAGGUUCUGCACUGAAUAUGGCUGACAUUCAAAGGGGGGGGGGGGAGAGAAUUUACAUGUUAGUUCUGCUGUUGCAGUUGUCAUGUGAAAGAGGAGACUCCUGUUCUCUUUUUUUAUUCAUUUGAUCUUACUUGAAAAUGAAGUAGUGCCUGACUAUUCCUGCAUUGCAGGGGUUUGAACUAGAUGACCCGUGGGGUCCCUUCCAACUCGACAGUUCUAUGAUUCUAAGACAUUCAUCUAUUUUUCAUUUGUCUGUGAUGAAUAGGAGAAUGAAAGGUAAGGGUCUCCCUUCCUAGUAAACAGGCAGUGACCUAGUUGAUGUUGAUACAGGGAUAAGUGGGCAUUUGCAGAUGAAAGAGCAAAUCAUUCAAGCCUAAUGGCUGCAAAUAAUUCAAGCCAUCACCACACAACAUAGAGCUGAACUAUUUUGCAGUGAAGGUGUAAGUGUUGCCCAAUCCCCUGAGGACUGGAAUUGGUGGGCUAAAUAUGUGCAAUAUCAUCAUCAUCAAACCUUUUAUUGGCAUCACAUACAAACAUCCAAAACAAAUCAAUACAGAAUUACCACUUCCCCAGUGGCACAAAACAUUUGCUAAAAGAAAGGAGGCAGAGCAGUUUCUUGGUCUCCAGGGAUAUGUGCAAUAUGUUCCAUUGCCCCCCAUCAUUGCCACUCUUUUGUCAUACGUAUCUCAUACCAUGAUUGCUUGUAUAUAAAACAUACAGCUCAUUGGUUUUGUUGAUACCUGUGGUUGAUUUUCUUAAGUAUUUACUGAAGUAAUUGUGUGUGUGUGUGUGUGUGUGUGUGUGUGUGUGUGUGUGUGCAUAUGCCUGCUGUAUUAUUAUUCUAUAAAAAAUGAAAUGGCUGAUAACACACACACAUGAAAAUUUAAAAUUGAAGACCACCCACUAACGAUUAUGGAAAGAUGCUUUCUUAAUUGCCUGGAUAAGCCAGGCAGCAUGGGAAAAUUUUCAGCAGGCGUUUAACGGUUGAAACAGAAGGUGGCUUGUGCAUCUCUGUUGGCAGAGCAUUUCACAGGACUGGGUAACUUCCUUACCUAAGAUUUAAAUUUGGCUUGGGCUUUCUCUGGAAUGCUUUAUGACUGAAAGAGGGCAUGCUAAACACUAAAGGGAAUGUUCAAUUUUACAUUUCCCUAGGCUUUCUGUUGUAUUGCUAUUUAAAAACUAUCAUGCUGUAAACUUUGAACGUUACUAAGCUAUAAAACUGAAGAAUUUUCAAAGCAUCAGCUUGAAAAUUAUUCUAAUGCAUUUAUGUUACUGCUUGAACUGUGUAGAGUGUUGCCUUUCAUCUCCCACUAAAAUUUACUUUGCAGCCCCUGUAUUUGUGAAGAAAAACCACAGGUUUUAAGCCAAGUGUAAAAUUCAGUUACUUUAGUGGCUAGAAUGAAGACAGGGAUUAGACAUGAAACCGUGGCUGAGGAACUGAGACUUGUUGCAGAAAAGAGGAAGAGGAAGGAACAGAAAAGGUAAAGGAAGAUGGUGAGGAAAGAGCAGAAGUGGAUAGGCAGGUAAACAAGUAAAUGUUCUUUCUCUCUUCCCCCUCCCCUCACCCAAGACGACACAACACAAUGGUAUGUCAAAGAGGAGAACAAAUUGUGAAUGGAUCAUAGAUGCAAAAUUGUAGCCCUCAAGCAAUAAACAUAUAUUAUGCAUGUUAAUUCCACAAAGAAGAAAUCAGAAGGUGUUAUAUUUUGGAUUGCAGGAGCUUAGAAACCUAGUGUAUUUACCAUACCUCCUGGCCCACAAAUUAAAAAAAGAAGGUUCCUCUCAUAAACACUUGCCCACAUUUCAUGUUUAUGAGCCUUGUUUGUCUUGUGGUCUUUUGUGUUGAUCUGUUCUGUCCGCCUCUCGAUUUUAGGUCCCUGGUUUGACAUGUACUUACGGGCACGUGAAUCGGUGGUUCUGAACUUCAAUCCUUUCAUGGCUUUCAACCCUGACCCCAAAGCUGAAUACAACGACCAGCUUGUGAGAGCGACUAACAUGACUGUUUCUGCUCUGCGUUUCUUGAAGACCCUCAGGGCUGGCUUCUUAGAGCCAGAGGUUUUUCAUCUCAACCCAUCCAAAAGCGACACACAAGCUUUCAAAAGGUUCAUUCGGUUUGUGCCUUCCUCUCUCUCGUGGUUUGGUGCCUAUAUGGUGAAUGCCUACCCACUAGACAUGUCCCAGUACUUCAGGCUAUUUAAUUCCACACGGCUGCCUAAGCUCAACAAGGAUGAGCUGUUUACGGAUGAAAGUAAGCGGCACUUAUUAGUGCUUAGAAAUGGAAACUUCUAUGUGUUUGAUGUUCUAGAUAGAGAUGGGAACAUAGUGGCGCCUUCAGAAAUUCAAGCACACCUAAAAUACAUCAUUUCCGACAGCAGCCCAGUUCCAGCGUUCCCUCUUGCUUGCUUGACUAGCGAAAACAGGGAUACAUGGGCACGGCUGAGACAAGAGCUACUUGAGAAUGGCAAUAAGGAAGCUUUAACAAAGGUGGAUUCCGCAAUCUUCUGCCUGUGCCUUGAUGACUUUCCAAUUAAAGAUCUCAACCACUUGUCCCAUACCAUGCUCCACGGUGAUGGAGUCAACAGGUGGUAUGACAAAUCCUUCAACCUUAUUUUAGCCAAAGACGGCACCGCAGCAGUUCACUUUGAGCACUCCUGGGGAGAUGGUGUAGCUGUACUCAGAUUCCAAAACGAAGUGUUUAAAGACAGUACCCAGUCGCCUGUGAUUGCUCCUCUGUCUCAGCCUGCUGCGGUUGAUUCUGCCGCAGCUGUACAGAAGCUGAGCUUUAAAUUGAACGAUGCCUUAAAAGAAGGAAUUACCAAGGCCAAACAGAAUUUUGAUGCCACUAUGAAAACGCUGACUCUGGAGGCCAUUCAGUUUGAAAAAGGAGGCAAGGAGUUCCUGAAGAAGCAGAAGCUGAGUCCUGAUGCUAUAACGCAACUUGCCUUCCAGGUGGCUUUUCUACGGCAAUAUGGCCAAACUGUUGCCACCUAUGAAUCUUGCAGCACAGCAGCAUUCAAACACGGUCGCACCGAAACCAUCCGUCCUGCCUCAGUUCAUACAAAAAAGUGUUCAGAGGCUUUAGUCAGGAAUCUGCCCAAGCACAGUGCCGCAGAACUGCAGCAGAUGAUUGCGGAGUGCUCCAAGUUCCACAACCAGCUCACAAAAGAAGCUGCUAUGGGUAAGUGGCAAGGUGACUUGCGAAGCCGCCUCACUCAGUUCGUUUUUUAGCAUCGGAUGCAGUCCCUCUCCCCAGUGGCUUCAGUCAAGGUAGACAAUGGGUUCAGAGCAAUUUUCACCUUGACGCAUAGUGUCUUGCUGGACCUUUGCAUCACAUUCACUCACACAGCUAGCGUGUUUGCAGAGUUAAAUACGUUCCCUACAUUUAAAUAGCAUUUUGAAAAGACUUAUCCAGAAUCUGACUUCAUUAUAUUAAAGUUUGAAAAAUACUUAUUUGCAAUAUGCAAAACAGCCUUUCCACGUACAUUUUAAUUUUAUCCUUGUGUUACUGUAGUGAGUUGGAUCUAAAGAUGCUUUUCUAUUCAUGACAAGGACUUGUUUCUGUAAAGGAGGUUGGGGAGUAAUUACCACCAAUUUCUCCAUCCCAUUUCCCAGGCUAUUCUGAAGGGUUCCCCCAGUCCUCUGGAGAAGAUUUUCAAAUGGCUGAAAUUUUUUUUGGUACUCCCUUGUUUGCUUGAGUUUCUACUGCAGCCUUCUCAGCCUGGUUCCCUUCAGAUGUUGUUUGAUUACAACUCCAAUCAGCUCCCCAAGCCAGCAUGACUGAUGCUCGGGGUGAUGGGAGUUGUAGUCCAAAACAUCUGGAGGGACCCAGGUUGGGGAAGAGUUCUCUACUGCAAGGCCUUUCAGCAAAGAAAAAGGGCAACUUUGGAUAGUUUAGUUGUGGUUUUAGUAUUUGUUUGAACAAAUGAGAAAGAAGUCACAUAUUUUGGCACAACAGCACUUUUUUUUUAAAACCUAGCAAGAGCAGCUUGUCUAUUAACUUUGUGGCUUUGGAAGUGGAGUUAAGCCAGGGGUAGGCAACCUAAGGCCCAUGGGCCAGAUGCGGUCUAAUCGCCUUCUCAAUCCAGCCCAUGGACAGUCCAGAAAUCAGUGUGUUUUUACAUGAGUAGAAUGUGUCCUUUUAUUUAAAAUGCAUCUCUGGGUUAUUUGUGGGGCAUAGGAAUUCAUUCAUCCCCCCCACCCCCCAAUAUAGUCCGGCCAACGGCUGAAAAAGGUUGCUGACUCCUGAGUUAAGCCAUAAAUACAGGCAGUGUCAUUCAUUACUGCAUUUUGUCUUGACAGGUCAGGGAUUUGAUCGACACUUGUAUGGCUUGCGGCAUCUGGCAGAAUCCAAAGGUAUCCCUCUGCCAGACUUUUACCAGGACCGAGCUUAUGCCCAGAUUAAUCAUAACAUUCUCUCCACAAGCACUCUGAGCAGUCCUGCUGUGAAUAUGGGUGGAUUUGCACCAGUGGUGCCUGAUGGUUUUGGUGUUGGAUAUGGAGUUCAUGACAACUGGAUUGGAUGUAAUGUUUCUGCCUACCCGGCUAGGAACGUGCAAGAAUUCCUCCAGUGUGUAUACAAGUCACUAGAGGAUAUUUUCAAUGUUUUGGAAGGUAAACUUGGUAGCAAGUAAGACACAUCAGGGCUGGUCUUCUGAAACGAAUCUUCAGCCCAGAAUUUCUGUACAGCACCUAUUGCUUUGUAAUUCCUCGGGGGGGGGGGGGGAGCUUUCCAGGGGAGAAGAUCAUGAAUUUGAUUCUGAUGCACAGCUCAUUCUAAUAAUACUGAUUAUAAAAUAAUUCUGCCUUUGUGAGAACAUGUCUUUGCUGACAGGUACCAGAACAAAGUUUCCAGCUUGCACGAGGUAUGGCAUAGUCUUCGUUCCUCACAAAUAAUGUAUGUGGACUUACAGGACGCAGACUGUUAAUAUAUAGCUAAUGCUCUUAUCGUCAUUCAGAUGUAUCAGACCAAAGCCCAUUCAAUUCAGCAUUCAGUUGGUAUUCAGAGGCCACCUGACUCCAACACUGGAGAUGGCACUGCAGCUGUCAUUACCAGUAGCCACUGAUAUUCUUAUGCUUCAUGAAUUUGUCUAAAUCCUCUCUAAAGCUAUUCAAGUGAGUGCUAUGGCUACAUCUUAAGGUAGCAAAUGUGCUAUAUGAAUUAGUACUUCCUUUUGUCUGUCCUGACUCUUCCAAUAUCCAGCUUCAUUAGAUGACCCCAAAUUCUAGUGUUAUGAGAUGGUGCAUAAUUUUAUACACCUCUAUAAUGUUGUUCACCUUUUUUCUAAACUAAAAAGCUCCAAAUGUUGUCACAUUUCCUAAUAAGUGGGUUGUUCCAGCCCAAUGAUAAAUCUUUGUUGCUCUUUUCUGAACUUUUUCCAGCUCUACAUUCUUUUUGAGGUGCACUGAUGACCAGAAGUAUAUUUGAAGUGUGGUUACACCGUAGAUCUGUAUAAUGGCAUCAUGUCAUCGGCUGUUUUAUUUUCAGUCCCUUUCCUAAUGAUCUCUAAAAUGGUAUGUUAGUUCAGACUCAGGGAUCUGCCCUCCAUCUUCAACAGUGAAUACAGAUGCAAAGAAUUAACUCAGCUUCCUGUAAUCUCUUUUUCUUCCCUUGUCUUUAACAGGUUAGCUGCCUCCCUAGUCUUUUUGUUGUUGUUGUUGCUUCUAAUGUAUUUAAAUAAUUGUUUUGUCAGUCUUUGCUGGGAUGGCAUGCUUCUUUUUAAAAUUCCCCAUUGUCUGCUUGCAUUUCUUUCCCCCCCAAUUUUAUGUUUCUUUUGUUCAUUUGAACAAGGCUUCCAUUUUCAGAAACUUCUUACCUCUAACAGCUUCCUUGAUUCUGCUAGUUAACUACACUGGAAUACUCUCAGGCUCGGUGAUAUCAGUGCUAUUUUUCUAGAAAAAGAGGUGCCAGAACUCACCAUGAACACCUUCCUUGUCCUUUUACUGUAUACAGUGGUACCUCGGGUUAAGUACUUAAUUCGUUCCGGAAGUCCGUUCUUAACCUGAAACUGUUCUUAACCUGAAGCACCACUUAAGCUAAUGGGGCCUCUUGCUGCUGCCGCGCCACCGGAGCACGAUUUCUGUUCUCAUCCUGAAGCAAAGUUCUUAACCUGAAGCACUAUUUCUGGGUUAGCGGAGUCUGUAACCUGAAGCGUAUGUAACCCAAGGUACCACUGUAAUGGCAAAUGGCACCCACCUGACAGGUGCCGGAACUGAGUUUCAGCCCUAAACGUUCCCAUGUAAGAAUCUAAAUACAUGCACAUGAAAUAUAUGUAUUUAAAAAAACAGCUGCCUUAUUUUUGUUGAUCAAGCAGAAUGUUAAUCUAAAAUGUGCCUUUGUUGGAAACCAUUUUGCUUCAGAAGGUUUAAAGUGAAACUCAAAUGUGAACUGUUAGCAAUCUUCCAUCAAAUAUUCAGAUGGUUGCAGAAUGUACUUUUAUUAUAAUAAACAGUCU